GUCAUGUUGUGCUUUUUUUGCAAUGCAGAUCGUAAUUAUUGCGUGCUAUCACGGCACUGGGGAAAAGUCCAUGAAGUGUAACUCUGAGAAUAAAUAUCGCGGUUCCCCAAAGUUUUCUAUAAUUCUGAUCCGCCAUCUGGAUAGACCACGACGAUAUGAGAGUGUCGAUAAUCAUCUCCGUUGCAGCCGCCGCGGUGGUUAAUGCCGCUUAUUCAGGCGAUAUUGUUCAAUACUGGGUCGACCAAUCUGCGAUUCUUGUUAACGGAACCGUAAUUGGUGGUCUACAGUCACCUCCAUCAGGCUGGUACGAGGCCAUCGUUCAGGGAGCAAUCUACUUGGCGGCAAAGAAGGCUGAUCGCGAACCACUGGCUGUUCAACAACUCGCUGUCUCCCAUGCUGCCCAUGACUCUCUUCUCUGGACAUUUCACGGAACCCGGCUCUAUGCCACCGUCAACGCCAAACUCCGUGCAAUAUUACCAGCAAUAGGAGUAGACGCAACCUCAGAAGCCGGUAUCAAAGCGAUUGACAUUGGACGCAAAGCAGCAAAGAAGGUGGUCGUAGCACGUGCUGAUGAUGGAAUCAACAACUUCGUUGACUACGUCCCCAAGCCUGCUACCCCGGGAGUCUAUCAACAGACACCUGGAGGACAGCCGAUUCCUGACACACCACAAGCAGAGUUCAUUCGCCUAUUUGGAGGUGUAGGUGAUGUGACGAGAUUCAGAGCACCGCCACCUCCUGCACCUGACUCUGCGGAGUUUGAGGCGUCUUUGGAUUUUGUGAAGAUCCAGGGAGCGAGGAACUCGACGGUUAGGAAGGCGUAUGAUACGGAGACUGCCUACUUCUGGAGAGAGUCUAGUCCAAUUGGUUGGAAUCGACUUGCUCAUGCCGUGGUUGGAAACUCGCUAGCUACGGAUGUAAAGGCAUCGGCUAAGUUCUACGCUCAGCUCAACUAUGCUCUUGCAAAUGCAGCAAUAGCCUCUUGGGAUUCAAAGUACUUCUAUAACUCGUGGCGUCCUAUUACUGCAAUCCGCUACCCCGGUAUCUAUCUAAAAAGUGGGAAAAGUGUCACAGAUCCCACCUGGGAUCCUCUUCUCCUGCCUACGCCAAACCACCAGGACUACCUUUCCACUCAUGCCACAUUCGGUGGAGCUGCUGGUGCAGUAAUUCGCGCUUGGAAUAAAGGCGAUAAAAUCAACGCCACGCUGAGUAGCAAUGUAACACUUGACAGUGUUGGAGUCAUCACGAGGCGGAUCACUAGCAUUGCGGCAGCUGUGAAGGAGAAUGGCGACAGUAGAGUCUUUGGCGGGAUCCAUUUCCAGUACGCUUCAGACCAGGGUAAUAAGAUUGGAGAUUGGAUUGGACGUGAAACUUUAGCGAGCUUUGAUAAACACUGGGAUGAGUUUUGAUUCUCGCGUAUGGAACAUCCUGCCUUGGAAUCUACGGCUGGAAACCAUGAUGAUGGUAGUCUUGGAAGUAAUUGGGAUGCUAAGUUUCCGCCGAUCAUUUAAUAAC